ACACAUACAGACAACGGUACUGCAGUCCGCAACUUCACAGCUCACGCUGUUCCGCCGCACGGUGUUGUGGCAUUGCUCCUCCAAGACGCAGGCAAUGAGCCGGAUGAUUUGUGGCCGCCUUGUGCUGUGUUGGAGUGGUGCAUGAAUUCUAACGGGACUCGGAUCGACCAAUGAAUGCUGGGGACUUUUUCCAAGUGAUGUACAUAAGUCUUGUAUCAUCAUUGUAUGUUGACAAAUUUCAUUGUACCUUGUAUGGAUAGAGGGCGGCAAGGUUGUCUUUCGUGCCACGCUCAAGUCAUUGCUGUCCGCAUCUCUUCCGAGCAGCGAGGCACCUCGGUCCAUUCUGGUGUAGGAUGUGAGGUAUCCCAACAGAUAGCAUGCUUGACAACCCGUCAAGUGGUUGGAAAACAUGAUCUUAUGCGUGGCCUGCCUUGAAAGCCAUAAAUAAGCACCGACUCACUCUGAGAUCAACAGGCCAACGUCAUGCGUCCUUCCACAGCUUUACUAACACUUUGUUAUCUCGUCCCUCUCGUUGUGGCAUCACCUCUAGAUGUCUAUCAAAGAAACUCCAUCAGUAUCCCAUUGAGUAGAAUGUCCAGGGACACAACCAUAGAAGACGUGAAGGCACAUCUCACGACCGUUUCUUAUAAGUACGACGUCACCUCGCGCAAUUAUGCGCUGAACACAGGCUCGCCUCACUCCUUGAGCAAUCGCGGUCCUCCCUACAAACUCGGCGAACGUAGCACAGGGUCUCUAACCGGUGACGGAAACUCUGUCCCCCUAAAGAAUCAGAGUGUCAAUUUAUGGUAUGGCUCCAUCGCGGUUGGGGAGCCCCCGGAAUCAUUCACAGUGCAAAUCGACACUGGCUCUGCAGACCUGUUCCUCUGUUCCGUGCGAAGCGGUCUCUCCUGCGCUGGGCAUCGGGAGUACAAUGCCACAUCAUCAGCGACAUCUCUUGACCUCAAUACCUCGUUCGUUGUGAAGUAUGGAAAUAGAACGGAGGUGAGCGGAGAUGAAUAUACAGACGUGGUGGAGUUGGCUGGAUAUAAGGCAAUCAACCAAACACUCGCUGUCACAGACACGUACUAUUCUGAUUUUGCUGCUUCUAAUGCACCUGACGGGCUCGCUGGAUUUGCCUUCCAAGAGAUUUCUUCAUACGGUGCCGCGCCCCUUUUCCAGACCCUCUGUGACAGCCAUGUCCUGCACAAGAAUGUGUUCGGACUCUCUUUGUCCACUCAGAAGGACAAAAGUGAGCUUCGCGUCGGAGGAUCGAACCCAUCAAUGUAUGAACCAGACACUCUUACGAUUGUCCCGGUCACAGUCAAAGGAUACUGGCAAAUCCAACUCGACGGACUCUCCCGGAAUGGAGAAGAUAUGAUGGUCCCUACUGACAAAGCACAGGCUAUCGUGGACACGGGGACGGCCCUCAUCGUGACGAAACCAGAAAAUGCCGUGAAGUACUAUGAGAACAUCAAGGGCGCAAGGGCCGUCGAUGAAAUUUGGACAGUCCCUUGUGAUACGAUUGGAUUAUUUGCACCCACUUUGACAUUCGGCGGACAGUUGUUCCCUGUCUCGUCAAGUACUUUCAACCUAGGGCCUGUUCACGAAGGCUCUACGGAUUGCAUCGCCGGCCUUACUGGUAUGCCUGGGAUUGGAGAGCACUGGAUUAUUGGCGACGUAUUUUUGCAAAAUGUGUACACGAUCUUUGAUGUCGGCAAUACCGAGGUCGGUUUCGCAAGACUGAAAUUGUGAAGGGAAAACCGGAUUGUAGCUGGAGAGCUCAAGCCUCGUGGAUGGGAGAAUGUGAUUUGUCGAUGUUUCUGUUGUUUUUGUUUCAAGGACGCAUACAGACGAAUGUCAUACAAUGUCAUCUCGCUCCUGGCAUGUGAAGUUCUAUUGCGCACAACUAGUAUGAG